GCAAUUUGACAUAGUAACAUAGUGAAGGGCCUUGCGAAAAAUGUGAAGGAAAAGAGACUCAUUUUGCUGCGAAAAGAACUCGCCCUAUGUAUAUGCUAGCAAUCAAUGGUGGGAAGCAAGUCAAAUGCUCCCCAGAAAACAAUCAUUUCGAGGCUGCUGAAAAAUGAACACUUGGGUAUGUAUUUGGAUUAUCUAACCAUUCUAGUAGUAGAUGAUUUUGACCCUUGACUUUGAAAUCAAUCAUCAUAGAAAAGCACUUCAGAAAAAGAAAGGCGAAGGAUAAUCGUUCCAACCUACCAGGUUACCAGCAAUUCUAGCAAGAUCGAUCCAAGCUGCCAUGGCCGCCGUGCUCCCGCUCUACCUGCUUGUCGUGCUUCUCCUCGCUAUCCCGUUCCUGUUCUUCAAGUCCAGGCGCUUGGCGCCUCGUCGUGGUGCCGGCGGCAGGGCCGAGCGGCUCCCGCCUGGGCCGUGGGCGCUGCCGGUCAUCGGCCACCUGCACCACCUCGCAGGUGCCCUCCCGCACCGCGCUCUGCGCGACCUCGCGCGUCGCCACGGCCCGCUGAUGAUGCUCCGCCUCGGCGAGCUGGACGCCGUGGUCGCGUCGUCUCCUGACGCCGCGCGCGAAAUCAUGAAGACCCACGACGCCUCCUUCGCGUCCAGGCCUCUGACCUCCAUGCAGCAGAUGGCGUACGGCGAUGCCGAGGGCGUCAUCUUCGCGCCCUACGGCGACGCGUGGAGGCAGCUUCGCAAGAUAUGCACCGUCGAGAUCCUCAGCUCCCGCCGCGUCCAGUCCUUCUGCCCCGCCCGCGAGGAGGAGCUCGGCCGACUCCUCCGCUCCGUGGCGGCGGCCUCGGCCUCGUCUUCGUCGGUCAACCUGACCGAGCUAAUAUCAGCGUUCGUCGCGGACUCCACGGUGCGCGCCAUCGUCGGCAGCCGGUUCAAGCAGCGGGACACAUACCUGAGCAUGCUGCAAGAGGGGCUCAAGCUUGUGCCCGGGAUGACCCUUCCCGACAUUUUCCCCUCCUCGCGCCUGGUGCGGCUCCUUAGCAGCGUCCCCGGCAGGAUACAGCGCCAUAGCCAAGGCAUGAAGAAGUUCAUGGACACCAUCAUACAGGAGCACCAGGAGAGCAGAGGCCCCGACUGUGCCGGCGACAAAGAAGAAGACUUGCUCGACGUGCUCCUGAGACUCCAAAAGGAAGCGGACUCGCAGUAUCCACUCACCACUGAAAACAUCAAGACCGUCAUGCUGGACAUGUUUGGCGCUGGCAGCGAGACUUCGGCCACGACGCUGCAGUGGGCGAUGGCGGAGCUGAUACGGAACCCGACGGUUAUGCGGAAGGCGCAAGACGAGGUCCGGCAGCAGCUCGCGGGGCACGGCAAGGUGACGGAGGCCGACCUGACAGAUCUGCAGUACCUGGGGUUUGUCAUCAAGGAGACGCUGAGGAUGCACCCGCCGGCGCCACUGCUGCUGCCGCGCAGGUGCGGGAGCCCAUGUCAGGUUCUGGGCCUGGACGUGCCGGAGGGGAUCAUGGUGAUCGUGAACGCGUGGGCGAUCGGCAGGGACCCGGCGCACUGGGACGCGCCCGAGGAAUUCGCGCCGGAGCGGUUCGAGCAGAACGGGAGGGACUUCAAGGGGGCGGACUUCGAGUUCGUGCCGUUCGGCGGCGGGAGGAGGAUAUGCCCCGGCAUGGCGUUCGGGCUGGCACACGUGGAGCUCGCGCUCGCGGCGCUGCUGUUCCACUUCGACUGGGAGCUGCCAGGCGGGGUGGCGGCCGAGGAUCUGGACAUGACGGAGGAGUUUGGUGUCACGGCACGGCUCCGGACUGACCUUGUCGUGGUCGCCGUCCCUCGCGUGGCCGUGGCCGUGGCCACGGAGUAAGCGCACUUUUGGUCAUGUUUGGAUAGAGGUUAGAGUUAGAUUCUAACUCUAGAAUAAAUCUGAACUAACUCUAACCAAAUAGGUGUUUGGAUGGAAGGGUUAGAUUGUCAAUAAAUGCACUUUUUCCAAUCAUUUGGCUCCUUUAUCUAGGAUUUUAUGUGGUGGAGGGAGAGAGAAAAGUAACUUUUUCUGACCCACCUAACUCUAACCCAAAAAAGCACCUCUUGGGUGGGUUAGAUUUUUUGGGUGGGUUAGAUGCAUCUAACCAACUCUAACCCACCCUGUUUGAAUUUUUGAGGGUUAGAUGAGUUCAAUCUAACCAACUUUAACUCUAACCCUAGGAUCCAAACAGGGCCUUUGCUGCUGUGCAUCCUUAGAUUUGUUGACCCUAUGUGACGAGUUGAUUAACCCAUCGUACAUGUCCAUAUUUGGAAUUCCCCUUUUCAGUCGGGAGGAGUUGUUUUUUAAGGGUAAUUUUUCUUAGGGGAACAUAAUAAUUACUUUCUUUAAGAAUAUUUGUCAUAAAAAUAAAUAUAUCUGAAUGUGUUAUAAUUAUAGAUACAUUUAUUUUUAUAUAUUUAUAUGAUAAGUAAUUUCG